UAAUAACAUAUUUACAGAAAUGAACUCGAGUAGGGAUAGCAGAGUGCGAAGAUCAAAGUCUCCGAAGCUGAUGAGCAAGAGGACUCGUUCUAAUAAUAAAUCCAAUAUCAAUAACAUAGUAAUUAAAAAGAAAGCUAAACUGAGACCUGUGCAUAAGAGUUCUUCCAAACUAAACACCUCUAAAGGAAGCAAGACUGGCCUGAGUAACUUGUCUGUCUCUCGCAGUGUGCCAUCAUUGCCAAUAAUUGCAGGCAAUGACUUAAAAACUAUCAAGGAAAUAUUUACCAGAGCCAAGAAGUUUAAGGAGAAGUAUGGCCGACAGAAAAUACCUGUGAAGGUUAUGAUGGCUGGCAAAUAUAGUUCAAUGGGACAUUUGAGAGUAUCAAGGAGUAUACCCAAAUACAGAAAAUUCCGGCACUCUACAGUCGGAAAUUCAUCUAAAAUCAAAAAACCUAAUAAGGAGCACAUACAUAAACUGAAGCUGUCUGCUGAUAAAAAUGACAUUGAAUGCUCCAAAGACCAAGAUGACUCUUUAACAGAGGUCCAGGAGAUACCGCCAACAAAAUAUAGAUCUGGGCCGAAAAAUAGUACAAAAUCAAAGAAUAAAUCAACCAGAAAGAAUGCUCAGAAAUAUCAAACAAAGUAUGGUAUUGAGGUGAGAAGAAAUGCAAAUGGAUUCCCCGCAACAACAUUAGUGCAUCGAAAAAUGAUUUCUAAGCGAUAUAAGAAUAUUAAUGGAAGCACUAAGGAUGACAGGAGUGAGAUGACAAGCUUAGCUUCAGGGAUCCCUUAAGAUCAUGUCUCCCUAAUGCCAUAUAUCGUAGGCCAAUCAUAAAUAGCCGAGUUGG